GUGUGAGGAGGCGAUUUAUUGAUCCGUGACUCGAGCCAUGUCCGGUUUCAUCGGUUCAACUUCCUCUGAAAACAACACCACGUGUGCGGGGAAUGAAUGGGUAGCUGUCAGCCUGGUCCACACGCUCACCCCGCAGCAUUAAAGUAAGAAUUUAUCCCCUAAAUACUCAGGUCUGCUCGUCUUCACUCGGCAACCAAGAGAGGACAGAUCGCAGAGAAGUGCAUCUACUCUGCCUGUGAAUCCAACCUUAAUUUGUGUAUCACUUGUUGCAGAGUGACAGUGCUCACCAUGAGCUUUGUGGAGUACUCAGACUUCAUCCAGGAUGGGGACGUCGCGAUCGUUUACCUCAGCCACAACUCCGUGAUGCCCGUCAAGGUGCAGCAGGGCGCCCAAACGCAGACACGCUACGGGGUCAUUCGCCACUCCACCGACCUGAUCGGUCAGCGCUACGGGUCGAAGGUGACCUGCAGCAAAGGCGGGUGGGUCUACGUCCUGCACCCAACGCCGGAGCUGUGGACCGUCGCCUUGCCUCACCGCACACAGAUCCUCUACACCACAGACAUCGCCACCAUCACCAUGAUGCUGGAGCUGAAGCCGGGCUCUGUCGUCUGCGAGUCAGGUACAGGCAGCGGCUCCCUGUCCCACGCCAUCCUCCGCACCAUCGCCCCCACGGGCCACCUCCACACCGUGGAGUUCCACCAGCAGCGAGCCGAGAAAGUGGCCGAGGAGUUCAAGGAGCAUCGCGUGGAUCAUCUGGUCACGGUGCGGAACCAGGACGUGUGUCAGGACGGGUUUGGAGUGACGGGGGUGGCGGACGCCGUCUUCCUGGACAUCCCCAGCCCCUGGGAGGCGGUGGGACACGCCAAGGCUGCUUUGAAGAAGCGAGCAGGAGGCCGGCUGUGCUCCUUCUCCCCGUGCAUAGAGCAGGUCCAGAGGACGUGCGACGCUCUGUCCGAUCACGGCUUCGAGGAGAUCGACACCCUGGAGGUUCUGCUGAGGGUCCACGAGGUCCGGACCGUCUCCCUGCCGCUGCCGGACUUCGGCUCCGACUCGGAGGAGGCGCCUCCCGCCGUGGGCGCCACGGAGCACCCCUCCGUGACCAUGAAGACCACCACGCCGCCCAGACGGAUGCCCGGCCACACGGGGUACCUCACCUUCGCCACCAAACCCAGAAGCUGAGCUCUCCAAGUUUAUAAUCAGCCUUCUCUUCAGUGUAAUUUCUACAAUUUUAUAAGAUUACCAGCGGGAGGGUGCCAGGCUCCCCCAGGUCCCGGUUGGCACCGCAGCGCCAAGAGGAUUUACAGCUUUGUGUUACGUAACUUGAAAGUGCUCUGUCACUUCUGUCACUUGGCACCGGUUUGUUGCUUGCAUCAAGCAGGAGUUAAAAAAAAAAAAAUCCAAGUGACAAAGUUAUUUCUGAAAAUUUCCCAUUUGAACUAUUUUUUUUUUUAAGAGUUCAUUUUUAAAUGAAGAAGUUUUCUUUUUUUGACACAUUUGUAGUCUAUUUAACAUGAAAAUAUUCACGUUUUAAAUCCAUCUGUGCACAGACUGGUGGUGAAGUCCUUCCUUCUUUACUUUUACCUGAUAAACACAUUUAUAAAAAAUCUCUUUUGCUCACAA